AUGCCUGAUCUCGUACCAUUCGUAAAGUAUCGCGAAGAAGUAUAUAAAGAGCUGCAGCCAAAAAAAGAGAUUUCUAGCGAAAGGAACAUAGUUCAUGCAUAUGUUGACAAUCAUGAAGAUCCAAAUAGCAAUAAUCACAAUGGUCAACCACAACAUGAUCAGCUUGGUCCGAUGACUCGAAAACAUUUUAAUAACAAUGAACAGUACAAUGAUUCUAAACGAUAUGAUCAAAGUAAUAGAUUGCAGGAAUCCAAUGUUGUUCAACAAAAGUGGGAUCGCGAAGCUGUUAAAGAUAAACUUAUUGAUAAACAAUAUGAAAAAGAUUUUAGUUGUGAUCCACAGUAUCCUGGUAUUGAUGCUCAAUCUUUACGAUGUGACACAAAACUUGAUAAUGUUUCUGAACAAAAUAAGUGGGAGAAUCGUCAAGAAUUUAACAAAGGCGGUGACAUACUAAGUAGUAAACAAUGUUCAAGUUUUCGAACAUCUAGUACUAAAUAUAAACAACGUCAUGAUUACGAUGAAAUGGGUACUACUAAUGUUCAAAACCCUUUAAUUUAUAAUGAACAAUGUAACAAAUCCCAACAAAAUUAUAAAAACAUUGACCUACAGGAUUAUAAGGUUCCUGGAGAAAACUUUGAUACUGAUAUUGUCGAAAAAGAUUCUGGUUCUAAGUUAAGUAAACAAAAAUAUCCUGAUAUAGACAAUGAAUACUUACAACGGCGUACUCAACUUAGUAAUGUGUCUAAACAAAAUAAGUGGGAAAAUUCUAAAGAGUUUGACCAAAAUAAUUACAAAGAAAUUGUAAACCAAUCCAACGGUCGUAAUGGUUUUCAAAAUCAUGACGGUAAUGAUAUUCAAGUAAUUUCUGAUAAUAGCGUUCAACAUAUUAUGGAUAAUUCAGAAUCUUUCACUCAUCUUCCACAGCAGAAACAUCUUGAUAAUUACGAUGGAUUUGGUACUAGUAUUCAAAAAAGUUUAAGUUAUAAUAAACAACGUAACCAUUCUGAACAAUAUAAUAAAAAUCAUGAACUACAGGAUUAUAAGGCCGUUGAAGAAACAUUUAAUGCUGAUAUUGUCAAAAAAGAUUCUGGUUAUGCGUUAAGUAAUAAUCAAAAAUAUCUGGAUAUUGACAAUGGAAAAUUACAACGUGGUAUUCAAUUUGAUAAUGUUUCUAAACAAAAUAAGUGGGAGAAUUCUAAAGAGUUUGACCAACAUAAUUACAAAGAAAUUGGUAAACAAUCUAACAGUCGUAAUGGUUUUCGAAAGUAUGACUUUAAUGAUAUUCAAGUAAUUUCUGAUAACAGUGUUCAACAUAAUAUGGAUAAUUCAGAAUAUUUUACUAAUCUUCCACAGCAGAAACGUCUUGAUAAUUUCGAUGGAAUUG